AAGUAUUGUCAGGCGACUUUGACUAACUCUAACAGUUGGACGAAUAUUAAAAAUGGAAACAUCACGAAGCAUCGAUCUAUUACUCGUACCAAUUGUCGUAGAAGCUGGAAGCUUUUGCUUUGAUACGAUACAAGGGAGGUCAACUUAGAACGGCGGAACGCUUUCCAUAGUACCUGGAUCGCACUUGAUUUUGUCGAGACCACGAAAGUAAGUCUUCCUCUUGUUUCACAAUUCAUGCGACACGUUGAUAAAUUACAUUAGUGGAUCUUCCCAGCAGCGUCUGUUUCGACGCACCGACCACAGAGCAUUUUCUUCCAAGAAAAUUUAACUAUCUCGACGUCCCUAUCUAGCUCGACCACACGACCAUGACCUCCCUCGACUCCAUCGAGGCCUACCUCCCCCAGGAGGCUUUUGGCUGCAUCAUCGGCCAGGGCGGCAGCCGCAUGAGCGAAAUUCGCCAGAGCUUCGAUGGUAUAAAAAUCCAGACCGACCGCGAGGCCGCCCGGAAUGGGUUUCGCUUGUUGAAGAUCCACGGGGAGUGGGUGCAGAUGUGGUGUGCGUUCUAUCCUGACUAAAAAUGUCCCCACACCAGAGUCAAGAUUGGAAAUCCACAACACAAGUCUCCAAGUUUUGGGCGUUCUGCAUGACAAGUUUCCAUCUGCAGUGUAGUGCUGGUUAGCAAGGAAAGCCGCAUGAGAAAGCCACUUUCUGAUCCUGUUUCAGCUUACAGCAUUACAAAUGCAAAAACACGACUGGAAAUCAUGCCUCUCGUGGGGAUGCGCAUUACAAACGUUCCUGUCAUUGCGCAUUUGCAUGACAACUCUGGGGUGGGCAAAGUGCGUCGCAUUUUGCUUAGCAUGACAACUCUGGGGUGGGAACGUUUUUACAUAGGAUGCGUUCUGUGAGGUGAUCAAGUCGUUGCACUUGGACGAGAAAUUCGUAUCGAAAGGAAAAAUCCCCCCUCCCCAUAUCAAAACGAAAUUUCUGAUGCUGGAUUUGUGUACACAAAUCCGAGCUGUCUUGCUGGAGAGCACUGCAGGCCCUGACGAAGUGUGAGUAGCGAGGCUUUGGCCUAGGCACUUAGCAUGAAAAACAUCCACGCUGCAGGCCCAACAGCAUGACAAACCGCCUGCACAAUGCAGCGGAGCCUGCGGAGUUGCCUUCUUGCAAGACAGACACGAUUUGUGACCACAAAUCAGCAUCACAAAUUUCCAAAAAUAUACCUUUUCAGUAUGGGGAGGGGCGAUUUUUCCUCUCAAUAAUUCGCGCAGAAAAACCCGAAUUUGGUGAACCGUAUUGCAUGCAAAUAAUACAUGUCUGGGUCAUCUGGAAGGUUACAACUUGUGAUGCUGUGUUUGGAUUCUAGAAAGAGUUGUAUUGCAUGACCAGCAACAGGAGUCCGCCAGCUCUUGCAACGCGGAACUACAGGGGCAUUUCUCAUGCGGAAUAGGCUGCAUCAGGGAGCCCUCUAAAAAUCUGGAUGCUAGGUCGUGCAUUACAGACAUGCUGGGUGUGAGUCAUGCAGAGUAUGCAUGACAAACCUGGCAAUAUUCCAGACUGAGACAUAUUUUUAAUUGAUAAACCGGUUGACCGUUCAAUUAAAGAUUCCGAUCAAGAUCGCGGGAGGCCUGAUCGGCAAGGGUGGCGCGAAUCUGAAUGGGUGGCGGGCAGAGUGGCCGAAGUGCCAAUUUGACGUGAAGAAUGACGAAAGUGAUCGGGUGUACAGGUAAAAUAUUACUAUAGCUGUUUAUGGUUCAAACAGGCCGUGUGAAGUGAACAUUUUUGAGUAGAAAACUUCUCAUUCAAAAUCUGUCAGCGCAGUAGUUGAAUGUGUCAUGCAUGUUGAAGAUGAAGCUGCUUGAUUGAUACAAACAAUCACGUCAGGUACUUCUAUCUCGUCGGCUCUUCUAUCGAGUUACAGGAGGCUGCGGUGAGCAUUGCCGACGUGCUUAUCAAAAGAAAAAAUCCCCCCUCCCCAUAUCGAAAAGGAAAUCUGUGAUGCUGGAUUUGUGUACACAAAUCGGAUUUGUCUUGCAGUGAAGGACUGCAGGCAGAUGUAAAGUCUGAGCCGGGUGCUUUCGUGUAGGCGCCUAGCAAGGCAGGCGCGUCCUCUGUAGGCCAUGCAACAUUACAAAUUGCCUGCAAAACGCGGCGGAGUAUCUGGAUUCGCCUUCUUGCAAUACAGAGGCGAUUUGUGGUCACUAAUCAGCAUCGCAAAUUUUCAGAAGUGCCCCUUUUUGGUAUGGGAGGGGGGAUUUUUCCUCACAAUAGUGCUGGAGCAGUGUUUGAUCAACCUGCAGUAUCCAAGAAAAAAAGUGUGUAAGUGUAACUUUUUUCGAGAAACAGCAUCACAAAUUUGCUCUACAUGACAGAGAAAACCUGUCAUGCGUGGCUUGUAAAGGAAAACACACAUGAAAAGAGGACCUCAUGGCUGUCUGGCAUGACAGGCGCAACUCUGUUGCAUGUUCUGCAACACAAAUUUACACUUACACAGUUUUUUUCUUGCAUAUGCAGGCGAAGGAGGGCGGUGCCGGGCUCGCGCAGCAGCGCUCUGUCAGCGUGAACAACAAUGCCCAGCAGGGAGUAUCAAGUGUAAAAAUGUCUGGGUCUGGAAGAAUGAAAGUCUGUCAUGCUUCUCUGGCAUGAUUCGAGAAUCUGUGUUGCAUAGGCACGAAAAGGCCCUCUUACCUGUGAUGCAAAAACGCAGUUUGCCAUGCGGAAUACGUAAGACAUGGCAGCCAAAAAAUUUGUAGAUGCAUAGCUGCGUUUUGCAGUCCGGCUAUCAUCCACUUUUUGCAUCACAAGUUUCCAGACCCAGACACUUUUGCAGUUGAUAGGGAGCCCGGGCCAACAACAACCCGACCCAGCGCAACGUUGCCAGCAAGGCCAACAACCCCGGCAACGCCGCGAACAAGCAGACGCAAAAGCGGCCGGACAACCAGAACAUCACUUUUGACGAUGUGGUGAAGCUGGACAGCAACCCGGAGGAGGAUUUUCUGCGGGAGUUGUCCGGUGCGGGCGCCAGCACAACCAAUUUUCCCGAUUUGAACAACCCCUUUGUAUCAAAUGCAAAACUGUCUGGGUCUGGAAAGGUGGAAACUGUGAUGCUAACUUUGGAGUCUAAAAAAAUCUGUAUUGCAUGACCAGCAAGAGCAGGAGCCACGUUUGUGCUACGCGAGGAGGGCAUUUGUCAUGCGGAAAUGGCAUCAGAAAGCCUUCCAAAAAUCUGUGAUGCUGGGUCAUGCAUUACAACAAGCAUCGUGGGUCAUGCCAGACAAGCAUGACAAGCCUUGCAUUCUUCCAGACCCAGACAUUUUUGCAUUUGACACUUUGCGCCGGCGAAUAACCCCUUCGCGAUGGGCGGCGGAGGUACAGCGAACAACGGUUCUUCCAAUGUGGUGAUCGACGAAAUUAUCGGCACCGAAAACAACAACAACAAUCCGGGGGCGCCGACGCAGCAAGUUCUUACCAGUACCAACUCCCAGAAGCGCAGGCGGGUGGACGGCAACCAAACGAUCCAGCAGACUCAGAGUAAGAUCCACCAAGAACACAGCGAGAGAUCUAUCCUGAGUAAAAACGUCCCCACACCGGAGUCAAGAUGGUAAAUCUGCUAGACAAAUCAACCAGCUUUGGCUGUUUCGCAUGACAAGUUUUUCCUUGUAGUGUAAUCCUGUUCAGGUAGUUCAGCAGCAUCACAGAUCUAGAAUAUCGUGCUGAUUAUAGCAUCCCAGAUCCCAAAACACGACUCGUAAAUGCCUCUCAUGGGACUCAGCAUGAGAAACUUUUUUGGCAUGCAGAUUUGCAUGACCACUCUAGUGUGGGGACAUUUUUACUCAGGAUAAGAUCGGCGACCGAACUGGAGUGCGUGUGCACCCUGCAGGUGAAGGAAAACACGAUGGGUAUCCGAUGUAAAAACGUCCCCACAUCAUAGUCAAGUUGGCAAAUCUGCAACACAAAUCUCCAAGUUUUGGGAGAUGUGCAUGACAAGUUUGGCCUCCUAGUGUAAUCCUGUUUAGCUAGUUCAGCAGCAUCACAGACCUAGCGCGUUAUGCUUAUUGGAGCAUGACAAAUUUCGAAACGCGACUAGUGCAUGCUUCCCGUGGGGGUCCGCAUCAGAAACACUUUCAGCGUGCGGAUUUGCAUAUACAACUAUGGGGUUUGCUUCCUCCCGUAUAGUAAUUCAAAGGUGCUACUGCAGGCUCCCAUGCAAUGUUUCUUGCUGGUAGCCUGGCUUGCUCCUUGUACAGUGUGUGCGUGUAGGAUGUUGGCAAAGUUGGUAGGAAAUGAGGUUGAUACUGUUGGCAAAAAAUGUUGGUGGUUGGCAAAAAAGUUGGUUGGUGGCGAAAAGUUGGUUGUUUGCGAGUAUAGUAUGGAGCGGCCGGGAGAUGAUGGUGAUGGCUCUUCGGUGUCCGCCUGACCUACCCCCCCUGCGUGUCAAGCCAUCUGCGGCCUGGGGCAGAGGGGGGGGCAAAGUGUGCUGCAAUUCCUUUUAGCAUUACAACUAUGGGGUGGGGACGUUUUCACUCAGGAUAAUGGGAAAGAUCAUCGGCCGGAACGGGGAAGAGAUCAACAAAAUUCGGCAGUUACGCAUUGCAAAUAUGUCUGGGUUUGGCAAAACAUGAACUUGUCAUGCUAAGUCUGCAUCGUACAAAAAAUUUGUGUUGCAUGACUACCAAAAGUAAGCUGUCCACUUUUGAACAAGUUUAGAGGCAGUCUGUCAUGCAGGAUACAUAGGCAUGAUAGAGACCAGACGUCGCAGAACCUGUCAUGCUAGGCCCUACAUUCCAAGUCUCAUAUGGCAUGGCAAAUAUGCAUGAGAAGUUUGCAUCCUUCCAGACCCAGACAUAUUUGCAUUUGAUAGCAGUCGUCAAACUGCGAAAUCACGACGGACCGCAAGGGCGACCGAAAAGACAACAUGCGGGAGGUGCAAAUCCGUGGGGCGAGCACCAACGUGGCGACUGCGAUCUUGAUGAUCACGACAUUGACGAAUAGGAUGUAAGAGAGGGUGGAAGAGUAUACAUGAUGUUUACAAGGAUCAUCGAUUGUAUACAUGAAUCUUUCUUGUUCGAGGGCACCAGCGACAUCAAACCACUUCUUUGGUAGAGCAACGGAAAUAUUAAACAAUCAUCUAGCACUAGACCUGUGCGGCAGCGUCUAGCAUCGCUUUGAAUGGAACACGACGGCAUCCUUUGAAUGGAAACAAACUACAAGGCAACAGUUACAGUAUGCAGCUGACUACAGUACGUCAGUUCUUCUAACACUGCGCUAUGGUGAAAGCGUUGGCUGCGUGGUCGUUUUUUUGAUAGGCGAAUAUAGAAUGAAAGAUUCGGCUGUAGUUUUCAUCAAGUUCGUGAAGUAAAAAAUAUGCAUACCACGUUUGAAAUUUCAAAGUGAGGUGCAGGGCUGUGCUAU